AUGCAUGUGCCGGCAGCAGCUGCUGCUGCCGGUACGGCCUAUACAGGCAAAUGGCUCUUCGACUACAACCGUGCCAACUUUCAGUAUGACGUCCCCCAGCGCUUCGGGCGGUUCAUGACAUCCCGUGGGAUGCUGAACACGCAAGUUGGCCAGUAUCGACAGGACGUUCACGGAAUUGCGGAGCUGACAUCUUCCAAAAUGGACACAGUUCAAGGCAUGAUGACCUUGGUGCUUUGUGUUUGUGCUGCGCUCUCGGAUGCUGGACGCAUUGGAAUGCACGGCUGUGCUCCUCCACAGUGGCUUUGUGGACUUUAUUCAGGCCAUAUCUACACAUCGAUCUUGUAUUGCGGAACGGCACUUUGGCUUGGCAUGCACGGAUCACUGCGUGCCCAGUGUGCGAUGACGUCCCUUCUGACGCGAAAAGUCAGGCUUCCAAUUCCAUCAAUGGCACAGCUUGAUGCGGCCCGUUCCUUUGGUUCUGCUUUCGAGCAGCAGAAGUUCGGUGACAUAUUCCGAGUUCCAUUCAUGCGCCAUCCAGAAGAUGCUCCAGAGCUUCUUCCUGCAGACCCUGGUGACUCAGGGGAGGACGAUGAUGGCAAGAAUGACAAGAAGGAGAAGGGAAGCAAGGAUGGCAAGAAGCCUGGAAAGAAGAAGGCAUCGAAGGUACAUCUGCCGGACCCGAGAACAGAGUUUAGCAGCACUGCCCGUGACACCGUCCCAUCCUGGAUUCGAGACGAGCAGGUCGUCGACAAAGGUGAAGGGCUUUUGGGGUUGCCUUCUCGCGAUGACUUCGAACCCCACGAGACUCCUGAUCACUUCAAGAUGCUCUUGGCGGCUCAAGAAGAAUGGUGGCAGUACGACGUCUACGCCCGCAUCCUUAUGCUCUACGGAUCCUGCCAAUUCCUUUAUGCUGUUUGCUACUAUUGUAUUGGCACUACCACGGCGGAGCUGCGUGGCUUUUGGAUCUCCUGGUCCAUGCCCAUGUUGUUCAUGGCCGCCCAAGUAUUGAUCCUUCGCCUCGAUGUUGUUCGCACCUCUGGGAAUCAUAUGCUUCCAAACGCCGAGUGGAUCGGCCACCUUGCGCCCUACUUUGCAGUGACGGCCACGACCCUCGAGUACCGGCAUCUGUACUCUCCUACAACGGUCAUUCUCACAUGGGUCUUUGUCUUCCUGACGUACUUUGCCCAUAUUGUCAUGGCGAUGCGCUUUUUGGAUUUGGCAUGGCCAGAUUGGAAUCGCGCCACGGACAUGCCUGAUGAGCCGGGCAAGCCCUGGUGGCCAUCCUCGUGGAAGGUGCCUUCCGCGUUUCGCAAUGCCUUGUGGCUCCUCGCUCCGCCCAAGAAGCUGGAGCCCGGCCAGCACGACCUGCUCCACGAAGCCGAGGGCUUGCAAAGUACGGGUGGUGGAGCAGAGAUCCGGCGCCGUGGAAAGGACAAGAAGGGUAAGUCUGGUGGCAAGGUCAAGGAGGUCGGAGAAGGACUGGUGUCUGAUGAAGCCGGUGAGUCUUCGCCUACUACAUAUCGUGGUGAGGCAGAAGGAGCUUACACUGGAAGAUCACCCUUCAAAGCUUUUGCCGAAGCUCGAUCACCGGACCUUCCUUGGCAGCUGGCCCGUGUUGCAAUCUGCACAGUCGGCGGGCUGUGGUUGUACAUGGGCAUUGCCCUGUUUGUGGAAAUGAAUGUUGGACCAGAUACGCUCAUGAAGCCUCCGGGAGAACCUCCAUGGAUUCGUGAUCAGAAGAUGAAGAGCGUUUGGGUUCCCAAAGGAUGGCACCUGAGCAGUGAACCGCUGCCCAGUGACUACAGACUGGAGUCUUCGACUUUGGCCAAAUAUGAAGAAGGGUCUGUUGGUGGUUUCAAUCCAGACGAUAUUCAUUCGCCCGGUGUCGGGGAGAGCGGUGUGCAGGAGUCCCAUGGCUCCGAACAUGGAGGGGAGCACGGUGGACACGAGAGCCACUCUGCACACCGUCGGCUGGCAGGCGCAGAUGGGCAGCUGCUGCGUGAUCUGUUGAAGGCGACGGAUGGCUUGGCCUGGCUCCACGACUCGCUGAAGGAGAUCGAGGCAAACCAAGCGGCUCCGCUGUAUGAGCUGCCGCCAUCUCCAGCUGUCCCGUUCAUGGCACCGACUGUCCUGAAUGCCAAGAAGGUGAAGUGGCCGUCCCUGUUUGAACCACAUCAUCUGCUGUGCAGGGGGUCGCAGCUCAUGGCGUUGACAUCGCGCGGGUUUGGUGCCCACCUUGCGAAUCUUGAUGACGACGAGGUUGAUGCGGCACCCUUUGCUCUAGAAGGUCUUGGAGCUGUCCGCUCCCUUGUUGGCGGAGCUUGGCUGGAUGAGGGCCUGCAGCUCAUCACGAAGGUUGGAGAGCUCUUCGAUUGCCCUGGUGUGGCUCCAAUGAAAGGUCGCUGGUCCUGCAAGAACUCGACGAUGAAGUUACCGCUUCCCCAUGGAUCGCAGCUCGUCGCGGCUGCAAUCUCAAAGACGGAGGAGUCCGGCCAUCUUGCUGCGCUCUUGUUCGACCAUGCUCCUGCGACCGUGAACCUUUUCCACGGGGCAUCGGGCAGCUGGACAUCGGCCGGCGAGGUGCACCUGCCUUCCGAUGCCGGACAUGUCGGCCUCUCUAUUUCUGGUAAGGACCUUCUCGCUCUGCUGGGCACAAACGGCGCUGUGCUCCGACGUCACAUCGUCAAAGGAAGUACGACAUGGCACCCUCCUCCACCGGCAACACAGACGCCACGAGAAUACCGAGGAGCAUGCAACAAGGACUCGGAAGUUGGUGGCUUGAUCCGUCUUGCCAUUCGACAAGCCGCACCAAAGACGGAGGCUUGGCUUCCAGAGCUAUCACUGGACUGA